AUGUUUAUUGGGCAUGGACUUGGUCAUCACAAUUGAGGUUAAGCCCAAAUCAUGAAGCCCAAUAAAAAAGACCAAAUAAAAAAUGAUCCCAAACGAUGACACGUAUACAAACUCAAAACCACCAAAUUCACAAACCGCCACGUCAUCAACCACGAUAAACUAAGAUAACCGAAGCAACUACUCCUCUCAGUUCAUCAUCUUCCAUUUUUCAUUUCAGGGAGGAGAGAGAAAAUAUGGCGGGAGGUUCGAUGCUCCUACACUUCAAAAGCUCGGCGGCGCCAUUAAUGGCGGUUUUUGCGAGCUCAGUUAAGGAGAGAGAAAUUUCCAAGCCGAAGAUUGAUAUCGCAGUUUCCAGCGAUAAAAUUCGGAAUUCUAGGGUUUUGGUUUUGGGCGGUACCGGAAGAGUUGGUGGUUCUACUGCCGUCGCUCUUUCGAAGCUUUCUCCUGAACUUCGUAUUGUUGUCGGCGGUCGAAAUCGGGAGAAAGGAGCAGCAAUGGUGAAAAACCUUGGAGAGAAAUCUGAGUUUUUUGAGGUUGAUAUAGGUAAUGUGGACAAAUUGGACGCUGCUUUACAAGAUGUAGAUCUUGUAGUUCACACCGCAGGGCCUUUCCAGCAGACAGUAAAAUGUCCUGUACUUGAAGCUGCUAUUCGUACCAAGACAGCAUAUGUUGACGUUUGUGAUGAUACGAGUUAUGCAUUUCGUGCCAAAUCAUUUUGCAAAGAUGCAAUUGCUGCUAAUAUUCCAGCUAUCACAACUGCCGGGAUUUACCCUGGAGUGAGCAAUGUGAUGGCUGCAGAACUUGUUCGUGCAGCAAAAGAUGAAGGCAAGGGUGAACCUGAAAGGCUAAGAUUCUCUUACUAUACAGCGGGUACUGGAGGUGCUGGUCCAACAAUAUUGUCUACAAGCUUUUUACUAUUAGGAGAAGAGGUUGUUGCCUACAACAAAGGUGAAAAGGUCAAACUAAAGCCUUAUAGUGGGAUGCUAAAUGUUGAUUUUGGAAGAGGGGUCAAUAAGAAGGAUGUAUUUUUGCUGAAUCUGCCAGAAGUAAGAAGUACUCAUGAAGUUCUGGGAGUACCAACUGUCAGUGCUAGAUUCGGAACUGCACCCUUCUUUUGGAACUGGGGAAUGGCCAUAAUGACAAAUCUUUUACCACCGGAAUUUCUAAGGGACAGAACAAAGGUUCAACAGUUGGUUGAGUUGUUUGACCCUGUAGUUCGUGCAGUUGAUGGUAUUGCAGGGGAGCGUGUGUCAAUGAGGGUUGAUUUGGAUUGUUCAAAUGGGCGCAGUACAAUUGGUGUAUUCACUCAUAAGAGCUUGUCAGUAUCGGUUGGAGUAUCUACUGCUGCAUUUGUCCUUGCAGUCUUAGAGGGUAGUACGCAGCCUGGGGUAUGGUUUCCGGAAGAGCCUGAAGGAAUUGCAGUAGAGGCCAGGAAUGUUUUAUUGGAGCGUGCAGCCCAAGGAACGAUCAACUUUGUGAUGAACAAGCCUCCUUGGAUGGUGGAGACAAACCCAAAAGAGCUUGGCUUAGGCAUAUAUGUCUGAGAUAUGCUGCACUGAAUUUGAGUGACAGGUUUCAGCUGAUAGUUCUAUACCACCAUACAACAAUGAAGUGACAGUUCUAACUUUGCUGUUUCUGUGUACGAGGUCGAUGACAAAGCUUAGCAAACAACAGUUUGAAUCAUGAUCCAUGAGUUACCUUCAAAUGUCUGCAAGAUGGACAUUCAAGCAUCUAUAAUCUGAUGCUUAAUCAACUCAGCAAAUGAAUGGUAACGAAAGAUGGUGCCUCUACUAUACCAUCUUACAUCAACUUCCGUCUUAUGGUUUGGAGAAAGUCUGGAGAAAUAUGUAAAUGAUUCAGGUGACAAUAUAUAGUUUUGAAAUUGGAUUUGUAAAUGAUUGCUUAGAAGACCUGUCAAGGAAUGAUCUCAACUUAAAUAAACCAUGUUUAUGAGAUGUGGAGUUACUUUUACAGCUUUACCAUUUGUAAUCCAUAAAAUCAUACCAAGUAUAUAGUACGAGUAUACUUUCUUAUGUUUA